AUGACACCCGUCACAGUAAGAGCGAAAAGACUCUUCCAAUCCCUAUGGAAGAGAAAGAUCGACUGGGACGACAUCCUCCCAGAAGACAUCAGACUCAGCUACGAAGAUUUCGUCUCCACGCUGAAGAGAUGCGCAGAAUUCAGGAUAAACAGACCGCUCAGCUCGCUGUUCUCGACAACGAGUUUCGAAUUGCACACGUUCUGCGACGCGUCACUGGAAGCGUACGGGGCAGUGAUCUACUUGAGAACGAUCGGAAACAACUCAACGGAAUCAAGACUCAUAAUAUCGAAGGCACGAGUCGUCCCCACGAAAGCAAGAUGGUCGAUUCAUCGCUAUGAACUCAUGGGAGCCCUGAUGGCCGCGCGCAUGACGGCCAACAUCAGGAACUUCCUGAAACUCAAAAUCGAUCAAGAGUACUACUGGAUUGACAAUAUGGCUUGUGUCUCCUGGAUUCGCAGCACACCUGAAAAAUGGCAACCAUUCGUCGCGAAUCGUGUCCGGGAAAUCGGCAAACUAACGUCCCCCAACUCAUGGAGAUAUGUCAAAUCAGAGAAAAACCCCGCAGAUAUAUUAUCUAGAGAAACGAACGAGGAAAGGAAAUCGCAGACGGCGAUAUGCCUCCACACCGUUCACAACAAGGAAGACGAUCCGAUCGACAAACUCCUCAACCCAACGCGUUUCUCUUCGUGGUCGAAAUUCGUGAGAGCGCAAGCAUUCUGCAACCAGUUGAAAACGCUCGCCCGAAAAAUUAAAUCCAAACAGUUACACCACAGGAAUUCGACUCGCAUUACCACCCUCAAUCGAGUCGACGGACUACAUAUAAAACCAUCGGAAUACGAAGAGGCAGAACGCGAUCUGAUGAAGAGGAUCCAAAAGAGACACUUCCCGACAGAGGUCUCGACAAGCGGCAAAGAGAUUCCGAAGACGAGUACCAUCGCGCAGUUCCAACCCUUCAUGGAUGUUGACGGCAUCUUAAGAACGUGUCCGGGCUGCAAACGCUACAACGCCAAACCAGCCGCUGAGCCGACUCCACCACUGCCAGCCUUCAGAGUCGCAACCACACCGCCGUUUCUCUUCACAGGCGUGGAUUUCGCUGGUCCUUUCGCAUACAAAAAGGAAAACGGAAAGAGGGCGAAAGCGUACAUCCUGCUAUUCACCUGCGCCGUCUCGAGAGCCAUCGCACUCUUUCUCACUAAAGACCUGUCGACAUAUGAGGUGUUGAACGCGUUACAAAAAUUCAUCAACCGUUACCCAUCAGCGAAAAACUUCGUCUCGGACAACGGAGCGUCCUUUCCUUGCGCCGAUUUGGAAAUUAAGUUGAUAUACAACCACAUUUCGAGAGGAGACAUCUCAUCAUGGCUCACAGACUCGAAAUUGACAUGGAAUUUCAUCUCACCCGCAGCACCAUGGGUCGGCGGUUUCUGGGAACGAAUGGUAGGCUGCGCCAAACGCUGCCUGAAACGGACCCUCAGGACAACCAUCCCAUACUUCGGAGACUUCGAGGUUAUCCUCUCAGGCGUAGAAGCUAUAAUCAACCAGAGACCGUCAACGACGGUCUCACCCGACCCGAACGAAGUUCGAGCACUGUCGCCAGCGAACCUUUAUACGACUACGACGGCCACUCACGACUGCCAGAAUCGAAAGAAAUCCCGAAGCUACGGAAAGACAUCGGAGCUAUCGUUUUCUCGAAACGGUGGAAUUUCCAGUCAGAAGACGUUAUCGGCAUUCUGGAAACGGUUUCAAGCAGAGUACCUCGCAAAUCUACGAACAGCGCACUCAAGGCGACCGGUGAAGCAACGCUCUCUCCAGCUCGGAGAGAUCUGCAUUCUGAAAGAAGAGAAUACCCCGAGAAGUCACUGGCCGCUAGUCCGCGUCGUAGAGCUAUACAAGAGCUCCGCGGAUCACCGUAACCGGACCUGCACUAUAAAAUUCAGUAACGGGAGAACUCGAUUGAGACCGGCAAAACUUCUAUACCCGUUGGAACAUGGAGCGCCGGACCCCCUGCAAUGA